UAUAAACUCCGUCAUUUAUAACAGGAGUUUCCAACCUUACUUCAGAACUGACUUUAGCCUUCAAAGCUUUUAUUUCUAUGAUACUAAGCUUUUGUGUUUUAAAAUAUAUGUUAAAAUUUCUCAACAAAGUAUAUUAAUUUGGUCAAAUUCAUAUGGACAAGUCCACAGCAUGUUUUUCUGCAACAUUUUCUGAAGAUGUUGCAAAUGGAAAAGAAACACUUGCCAAUCAUUCAAGUAAAGGAACAUAUCAAGAAAAAUAUGAAAUAGAUGACAUAGGAUUCAGUUUUGUUAAGAAGUGUAUAGAAGUGAUCGAAUCUCAAGGUUUGGAAGAUGAAGGUCUUUAUCGUCUCGUUGGCGUCAAUUCAAAAGUAAAUAAGCUCACUCAAAUAGCACUUGAUAAACAGAAAAUAGAAAAAAUCAACUUAAAAGAUACAAAUGAAUGGGAAAUUAAAACAAUCACUAGUGCUCUAAAAAAUUAUUUCAGACAGAGCUGCAUUAAACUCUUGUCGAAUCAACCAAAGAAUAUAGAAGUCAACGUGAUAAAAGGAAAAUCAAGAGAACGUCUCAGUGAAUCACGUGAUCAUGAAAAUAGGUCUAGUGCAGAAACAAAGGACCAUCAGCCAGAGAACAAUUGA